ACCGCCGUCGUGUCUAGACCUGCCUUAACAUCGAUUCGAAAAACGGGCGCUUUGAAAACGGAACGACAGAAAUACGUAACAACAAUAAUAGUAAUAAUAAUAAUAAUAGCGAGCUAAAUAUUGUGUGUCGCGCGAGCGUUGUUGCAUUAGUGCGCGUAACGCCCUGGCCGAGCGUUGUUGCAUCAGUGUACGUAAAGCCUUGGCCGCGCAUCAUUCCACCGCCUCGCAAGCCGGUUAGGUCCACGCUUUCUACUUACCUACGUACGCUGUACAACUUGCUAAACUUUCUGACUUUCAUAUCAGUCCAUCGGCGCCGCACGCACAAUGAUAACUCUCAACACUAAGAGGGCGUCCGCUGUCCGCAACACCCUGCAGAAGUUAACGUCGACAUGGCAAUGCAGAAACCUUGCAACUGAAGCCACAUUCGAUAUAAAAGCGUUCAAACUUCACAAAUUAGAAUCUGGACCCAAUACCACAGUAACCGUAACGAAAGAAGAUGCCAUAAAUUACUACAAGCAGAUGCAGUACAUCAGACGUAUAGAGACGGCAGCCGGUAACUUGUACAAGGAGAAAAUCGUCAGAGGAUUCUGUCAUUUAUACUCUGGACAGGAAGCUUGCGCGGUGGGUAUGAAAUCGGCAUUCCGCGAUCAGGACUCAAUAAUAUCAGCGUACCGUGUUCACGGGUGGACAUACUUGAUGGGUGCAAAACCUGUGGAGGUGCUGAGUGAACUCACCGGUCGAAUCGGUGGAGUAGUUCGUGGUAAAGGUGGUUCCAUGCACAUGUAUGGUAAAAACUUUUACGGUGGAAACGGCAUCGUCGGCGCUCAGGUUCCUUUAGGAGCGGGCAUCGCAUUGGCUGCACAAUACUUAGGCACGGGAGGAGUAUGCUUUACUUUGUACGGAGAUGGUGCUUCAAAUCAAGGCCAAGUUUUCGAAGCAUACAAUAUGGCUAAACUAUGGAAACUGCCCUGCGUAUUUGUCUGUGAGAACAAUGGGUAUGCAAUGGGAACGAGUUCGGAACGGUCAGCGUCAAACACGUCUUACUACACCAGGGGCGAUUACAUACCCGGAAUUUGGGUAGAUGGCAUGGACGUAUUGGCUGUCAGGGAAGCAUCAAAGUUUGCGGUGGAUCACUGUGUUAAUGGGAAUGGUCCGAUAGUUUUAGAAACAGUCACCUAUAGGUAUUCUGGUCAUUCAAUGUCGGAUCCUGGCACAUCAUAUAGAACUCGAGCUGAAAUUCAAGCUGUAAGGAUGACUAGAGACCCAAUCACAUCGUUUAAAGAAAAAAUUCUCUCUACCAACCUAGCAACCGUUGACGAUCUCAAAAAAAUUGAUAAUGAAAUAAAAAUAGAAAUUGAUCAAGCGGUUAUAAAAUCAAAGGAAGAUGAAGAAAUUACAUUGGAUGAGUUGGCCAGUGAUGUAUAUUCCAAACCACUCGAAAGCGAACAUCGCGGGGUAGUACCCUGGCAAAAGAUAAAACAUGUUAGAAUUGGACCAGCCUUUAAUAUUGUGUAAGAUUGUUAAAGUAAAUUAUGUCAGGGUAAAAGAAAUUUGUAAAUGUUGUACAUUUUUAUGUGAUGGUGUCGAACUGCACUCGACAGGGUAUUUGUUUUUUGAAUCUAAGACAUAUUUGUUAUCGUUGUUAUUUGUUCUCUCAUAUAAAAUAUUUUUCAUUAAAUGUUAUUUGCUCUUAAACUCACCUCUAUUUUUUUUUAUACCGAUUGUUUGUUCCAGUUAACUCAAAAAAGUAUAAUAAAAUAAAUAAUUCACA